GUAUUUUACCAUUUUAAUGCCGCAUUUUCUUAAUUUAGUUGUUAAUUUAGUUGUUAAUUAUAUAAUCGCUUUUGUUCUUGAAUCUGAAAUGUGAGUUUUGUUUGUUAUUGUUAGUCGAUGAAGAGUUUCUGUUUUUGUUCUUGUUAAAACUGCUUUUUUCUAAGCCAAACAAGGCCUUACCGUGGAUUUUCAGUUUUUUUUAUUAAAUCGGUUUAUAUCGAUUUGUGAGCUUGUGUAGUGUAGAGUAUUAAAAUUUAGAAAUCCGUCGUUUUCGUUAUUAAUUAACUGGUAUAUAUCAUAGUCAUUGUUUUGAGUAUUUAUUUUAUGUGUACUAGUAGUUUAGUGUACUAGCUAUUGAUUUAUAGGGUUUUGUUUUGGAUUUGAUUAUUGUUAGUGGAAUUGAUUCAGUCAGAUUUGGAAAUAAAGUUUAGGUAAUGUUUUAAAUAUAAGUCGGGUAAAGGCUGUUGCGGCGCUGAAUGCGGUAGUCCCGAUGUGAAUUAACUACAAUUUGUUAUUUUAUGUGGACUAGUAGUUUAGUGUACUAUUGAUUGAUUUAUAGGGUUUUGUUUUGGAUUUGAUUAUUUUUAGUGGAGUUGAUUUAAUCAGAUUUGGAAAUGAGGUUUAGGUAAUGCUUUAAAUAUCUGUCGUGUAAAGGCUUUUGCGAUUUCGGUCGUUUGAGGUGUUGCGACGCUGAAUGCGGUCGUCACGGUGUGAAUUAAAUACAAUUUUUUCUUUUGUUCUUUAAUAUAUAAACGGUGAAUAGUGGUAUCCGUAUCGGUAUUUGUUGAUAUAGUUUUGUUGCGGCCGUUUUGGCAGAUGCUGACUGUUUUUUAAAAGCUUGGGUAUAUAUCAUCACUUCAUUCAUUGAAUUAAAAUGUUAGUUGAAUUAGAAACUGUAAGGUUUUGUUAAGGUUUAUGUGUGUUUCCUUUUUGUGCAAUGCAUUGAAUUAUUUUCUCUUUCACGUGGCUUUCUGCCAUAUUCUUUAUAGACAAAUGUCAAAAUCAUGUUUCAAUGUUUUCAGCAUCAAUGUUUCUGUUUUUGUUUGGUGCAAUAGAAAAAUGGCAUAGCCUUUAUUGUUACCAGAUUUUUCCUUCAUUAAUUGUUUGAUUGGUUGUUGAUUGUGUCAUAGGUUGUACCUAGAUAUUCACAAACCCUUAUUUGUUUUUUGAGUUUGUGUUGAAUUUAAAUACUAGAAAAUGGAGAGUGUUCUCUGUUGAGUUGUAGCAUUUUACAAUGUUGUACAAAUUCUUUUGAUGAAAUUGUGAACAUGUUAUGACAGAUAAUUGCUUGUGAGUGAACUGUGAAGUUUGAGGGGUUGUUGUGCCAUGCCAAUCAAUUUACAGCCUAGUAAUGAAUUUAUGGUACCUUCUGAGGACAUGGUAUUUGGAUUUGAAUUCAAAAAGCUCGGCUCAAAACGGCAUAGCAGUUCGAAGAUAGCUAAAGAAAGUUCUGCAUUGCCACAGUUAAAUCGGAGUACGAACGCAAAGGGUGCAGAUAAGUUGAGGUCAAAGAGUGGUGUUGGUCCACAAUGCAGUGAUCUCAAACAGAAAGCAAAGCAGGAUGCGGAAGGAAACAUUCGCAACAGGGAAACUGCGAAGAGAAGUGGAAAUAGACGUGAUGAGCUUGUAAAACACAUGUCUAAUUUGCCAGGUUAUCUCCUGCAUAAUGAUAGAUUGGAAAAUGUUCAAGAGAAAGCAUUCAAUGUCGGUGUUCUAGAUUGGUCUCGACUCGAGAAAUGGAAGCACAAGCAUAUACCAGAAGAACUAACUAAUCAUUUCACAUCUGUCAAUAGAGGUGAAUCAUCAUCAAGAAUAGUCACUAUAUCAUCCCUCAGUGCUGGUGGAAGGGAAAAACUUGACGACACAAAAAGUUUGCGAGAUUUCAGACCGACCAACAAGGAAUCACUUCCUCAAAGUAGCAAACUUCCCUUUGAGAAUAUCGAACAAUUAGAAUUUUCUAGAAGUGGAACCAAGAGCAUAGGAAAUGAGCAGAGGAGGAAUGGCAGUAUUAAAAGAACUUUAGAUGCUGGAAACUCUGCAUCAAAAUCAAGGCACCACAGGGUCUCAUCUUCUAUUCCUUGUGAAAAUGUAAAUGGUAAGAAUAAGGAUGAUGAGUACUACCACAAGAAAAAAGAGAGAAAUCGCAAGUCCAGCUGUGAUAUGAUACAGUCAUCAGUAAAAUCAAAAGGCAAAGGGGCAUCAUUUAGUUCUAAAAAAAUGAGUUCUGACAACAAUGAGUCCAGGAUAAAGGUGAAUCGGUUGCUGGAGCCAGGUUCAGACAAUAGUUGUAAAAAUGACCAUAGCAAGCCAAGUAAUAUUGUGCUGCUCUAUCCUCAUGAAACUCCCGACUCAAAUUCUUCAGAUGAUUUUCGGCUUUCUGAAUUCAGAACAUCAUCAGAUGAAAAUUGUCCAGAAUCAAGCCGAAGUAGUUUAUCAUAUGUUUCCGUUCCUGAGGAGGAUUACAUUGGCAAUGUAGGUCCUGAAAUUCGACGUUCAAGUGGACGCCGUUCAGUGGUUGAGGAUACAUCUUUUUUUGGAUCAAUGCAACACAGCGUUAGUACUGAUCUUGGGAUGAAUCUUUGUUCUGUGGUUUCAGAGAAAAUGCCUGGUAUGCAAUCUGAAGCUGCUUGCUUUGAAAAGGAUGUGUUAGAAAAUAGGCUGAGCAUUCAGUCUGCUUUCAGUAAUCUGAUUGAAUCAUUGGACCAAGAAACUGCUGAGCUGACUUCUCAGAAUGGUGUGAAUCCAUCAUCCCACAACCGUCGGUUUAGCUUCAGCUUAAGUCGAAUCGGCAGAAGUUUCAGUUUCAAGGAAGGCCCCGCGGUUUCACAAUUUGGUUCUAAGUAUGUUUGUUCAAAGUCUGGUCCAGUGACACCUGAAUCUUCUAUUCGUUGGGAUAAUUCAAGCAAAGAAAAGACGAAUAGUCAAAACAAAACAAGAUCAAGUCCUCUCAGGAGGUUAUUAGACCCUAUAAUGAAGUAUAAGGCGGCAUCAGAUACACACCAUUCAGGUGAAAGCAGUCAGAAACAAAAGGGAAGAAUGAAUUCCGUCAGUUUCAGGAGUAUUGGUCUUAAAAAAUCGCUUCAGGAUGGUAAGGGCAAGGUAUCAUCAAUCCAAGGUCUCUUGCAGCUUACAGUAACGAAUGGCAUGCCUUUGUUUAAGUUUGUGCUCAAUGACGAUAGAAAGAUUUAUGCUGCUACAAAGAAUAGUUUAGCAUCACAGGAGAAGAAUGAUUUAGGCUGCUGUUUUACAUUCUACUUGGUGAAUGAAAUUAAGAAAAAGAGUGGUGGAUGGAUGAGUCAUGGAAAUAAAGAAAAAAGUUGUGGCUAUGCAUACAAUCUCAUAGCUCAGAUGAAAUCUUCUACCUCCAAAAUCACUGAAGCAAUCAAUCAGAACUCCAAGAGACAGUGCAUGGUUAAAGAAUAUGUCCUAUUGGGUGUUGAUGUCAAUCAGACGGAUCAAGCACCCCCAAAGUUCAUACCGAGCAUGGAGCUUGCUGCUGUUGUUAUUGAGACAUUGUGUGAAAAGUUGAGCAAUGAACGGAUUCAUAGUGAUUAUAAUUUGCAUGAGAAGAAGUGCUUGGCAGACGGAAUAUGCUUGUGCAGGUCAGGAGAAAAUGAUAUCUCGUUUAGCUCUACAGUUAUACUUCCAGGUGGUGUACAUGGUUCACCAAACAAAGGUGAACCUUCAUCGUUGAUCCAUCGAUGGAAAACUGGGGGAUCGUGUGAUUGUGGAGGUUGGGACAUUGGUUGCAAACUCCUUGUGCUUCACGAGCAGAACCCGAGUUCAAACAUCCAGAGAACUUAUAAACCUUACCAGGAUCGUUUCCAGCUUUUUGUUCAGGAAGGAGCUGAGCAAGAAACGCUCAUUUUCACUUUGGUGCCAUUGAAGAAUGGAUUCUACUCAAUUGAUUUCAGUUCAACAAUCAGUCACUUGCAGGCAUUCUUCAUUUCUGUUGUUUUAUUAAGCAGCCGGAAACAACCGGGUUCCUUGGAAAUCGGUAGCAUGAGAGAAGAGAUCCUCAAGGAAUCAAGUUCCAAUAAUAACAGUAGCAGACAUCAUGGGAAAACACCUAUGAAGUAUACUCCAAUGCCACCUCUUUCCCCUGUUGGCAGAGUUUAAACCCGUGUCGUUAAAUAGCGGCGCUAUAGCACUAUAGUAUAGUGGGAUUUGAACAAAAUUGCUAUUGUUCCACGAUACACUAUUUAGUAUAAAAUGUAGUCAAAUAGCGGGCUAUAGCACUGCUGCGUAGCGGAACUUAAACAAACCGUUUUUUUUACGCGAUCUACAAUGACACUGGUUUGAAGAGAUUUUUUCAUAGGUAUUAGCUGUUAAGAUCUUCAAGUAGUUGAGGAAUAGCUAGCUAGUUAAUAGCAUUGCAAAAACAGUAUAUAUGUUGUUCUUGCAAUUGGAUCGUUUCGUUACACUUUUCUUUUACCACUUACCUUUAUACAGGGGCAGGAAAAAAUGCUAUUGUCAGUUUCUCUUUUCCUUUUUCAGUAAAAAGAAAGUGGGAAAAACUAAGUCUAAGGACUUUCGAUGCGCAACUUUCUUCUAUUUCACCUUCAUUUAUGCUGUCUGGUAUAAUAAGAAACAGUCCAAUCAGAA